AUGAUAAGAAUGAUUAAGAGCGAAGAGGUCGUUGAAGCCUAUAUCGAGCGGUGUAAGCAGGUGAAUCCACUCAUCAAUGCAAUCGUACAAGAUCGCUUUGAAGAAGCAUUGAAGGAGGCACGUGAAGUGGAUCGCGUAAUUGAACUUGGCAUAAAUAGUGUGGAAGAAAUGGAAGAACAUACACCGCUUCUUGGCAUACCAGUGACAGUGAAAGAGAGUAUCGCUGUAAACGGUAUGACAAAUCAAGCGGGACGUGUGUUCAAAACACCACAAAUCGCCAAAUCAGAUGCGCCUGUCGUAGAAUUAAUAAAACGUGCCGGAGGCAUAAUAUUGCUUGUCUCCAAUACCCCUGAAUUAUGUUUACUAUGGGAAACUUAUAACAAUGUCACUGGUCAAACAAAAAAUCCAUAUGAUCUGAAACGUACUCCAGGUGGUUCAUCGGGUGGUGAAGCAGCAUUAUUAGCAAGUGGUGCUUCAUUAUUAGGAUUAACUUCUGACAUUGGUGGUUCAUCACGUUUACCUGCUAUGUUUAGCGGUAUUUGGGGACAUAAACCCACACCAUAUGCGGUAUCAUUUAAAGGUCAUCAUCCAACUAGUGAUUUUCCAAAAUGGGGAGAUUUCUUUACAAUUGCUCCAAUGACACGUUACGCUAAAGAUUUACCACUACUCUUAAAAUGUAUGAACGAUCCAUUAGGUCCGAAAUUAACGCUUGAUAAAGAAAUUAGUGUACAAAGCAUACGUUUCUAUUUCAUGGAUAAUGAUGGUCCUUCAGGUAUGAUGCGACCGCUUAGCCGUGAUUUGCAUGCAGCCAUUAAUCGUGUUGCUACGGAUUUUAAUGCAAAACGCGUUAACAUAAGGAAAAUGAAAUUCUCACUUGAUAUUUCACUUUCAGCUAUGUUGACUAUGAAAAAUAUUGAAACCAUAUAUAAUAAAACUGAAGAAGGUGAACGACCCAAAACUGUAUGCACCGAAACUGUUAAAUAUUUCUUUGGUUGUUCGGAUAGCAUACUGCCAUCUGUGAUAUUCGGCCAUUUACAGAAUUUCAUGAAAAUCAUACCGAAUUCACGACACAAACAUCUGGCCACUAUCAUUGAUGCACUAAAGACUGAAUUCAAAGAGCUACUUGGCACAGAUGGUGUGUUCUUGUAUCCAACAUUUCCGAAUACAGCACAUCAGCAUUAUCAAAUCUAUCAUAAAUUAUUAGAGCCAAUGUAUAUGGCAAUAUUCAACACGCUUGGUUUGCCAGUGACCAAUUGUAUGAUCGGUUUGGAUAGACGCAACUUGCCGAUGGGCAUACAGGUUGUUGCCAAUCCGGGACAGGAUCAUUUAUGUCUGGCUGUAGCACGAGAAAUGGAGCGACGUUAUGGUGGUUGGGUCCGGCCGCCAUCCGAAGACGCUGUUAAACGCACAUAGUAAAGUAUAUUUUAGGAUUUUAUUUUUAAUGUACGAGUCUUUAUGAGUUAAUUGUAAACAAAUUAAUUUUAUUAAUCAUAUUAUUUUUUAAUUUUGGUGUUAUUAUAAGCCUUUUCUAUAUAUAUAUAUAUUUUCUUAGUAUUAAAAUGAAGCUAAAUCUAAGUAAAAAUUGUAGUAUU